AUGGCGUGCGCUGACGUGGUCCUUUACGUGUGGGUGGAUGAUGCUUUCGUCCGCACACACAAAAAGCUGGUCCAGGUCCAUUACCUCAUGGAGAUCCUAACCAGGCUUCCCCUGUGCCUGCUGCUGCAUUGCAUGCAUCAUCAAAGUAGAUGGAGCCCCCUUCUCUUCCUCUGGAUGGGCGACGUCGCAACCAGCGUCUUGCUGCUCUUAAUGCCCACGCUAUGGGGCUGGACACGCCGGCGGCUCUCCUGUCGUCAUGCGUGGAGCCAGGUUGCCAGCGCUGCCAUAAUGUCGCAGAUUCUCUUUUUCGUGAACAUCACCGUCUUUGACCCCCGAGAGGCAUUUCAGUUUGUCAAUGCUGGAUUCUACAUUGUGAAGUACUUUGAGGCCUUCAUUAUCAUCAAAAUGCUACAGCUGCACAGUGGGUUUCAGUUCACCUUCCUGCAGCAUCUGAGUGAGUUCGAACUUGCUGCCGUGCUGCUAAGUGCAGCUGUCGUCUGGGUCGUGGUGCCUAAGCUGCGGGCCAUGCAGGAUGCCACCUCCUCUUCAGAAGCCAUCCCGCGACUCUCACGGCUCUUGCCAAACGGGGAGGUGCCAAGAGAGCUGGAGGACGCAGAUCUGGGAGCCAGCUUUUUGGAACCCGACAGGCUGGAAUUCGCAGUUCCUGUAGCAGCGGAGUUUCUCACAUUGGCCUUGUCCUUGGAGCUGGGAACAGUGGGUUCACCACAGAGUUCCUCUGCUUUGGUCGCCCGCUUGAGGGGUGGCCAGGCUCCAAAGCCUGCUACACAACGACUGGAUCUGCUUGGGGACAUGUUGGAAGGUUUAUGUCUUCUCAGCCAGUCUCAAAGCUCUCGCAACCGCCCAGCUGUGGCCCGCAGCACUGUGGUGGAUGUGCUUUGGUCGUUGGUGCUGCCUUGGGAUGGUGAGUACGAAGAUGGACAUGGUGGGGUGGUCAAAUUAGAGACGCUGGAUGUCGAAAAAGGAGCGGUCCUCAUCAAAAGGUCGCAGAAGCUGGCUGACAUUGAGGAGGGCUCUGCAUCCAGCAUGACCUCUGAGAGAGAGACAGAGUCCUUGGGAAUGAUCUUUCAGGGAACUGUAUUGGAGGUCGUGCUGAACCAACAGGAAGGUCGAAAGCUUGGCUCCUUCACUGGAAAGCAGAUCCUUUUCGCUGAUGCCCAGAAUACUGUUUGGACACGGCGGAGGUGUGCUUCAACAGCAUCAAAUGGCAAGGGUCGGGAGUGUGAAAAUGGCCCAGCCCCGGCUGCGGCUAGAGAAGUUUUGAGGCUGGUCCUCACACAGUUGCUGCUCUCUUUGCGUUGGGAGCCAACGCAUCUGGGCCUUGGGCCAUCCAGCGCCUCCUCUGGGGCCCUUGUGGCCAUUGACGCGUCUCAGAGGCCCCUGCUAAGCUUUCUGCUGCGGUAUGCCACAGGGACGCAGGACCUGACACUCCUCUCCGAGAUCUACUGGUCAUUGUGGUGCUUAUCAGAGGACGCGCUGGACCCCGAGCGAAUUACUUAUGACAAGGCACGCUGGGUGCUGAUCAAGUCUCUGGCCGGCUCGAUCGAGUUCUGGGACGGGGCGCGAGGCACGCGGUUGGACAACCUGUGCCUCGACCUGUGUAGUUCUGACCACGGGUUCCUGGAAGGGUCUCAGGCCUGGCAUAUAUUCAAACUAUAUUCCUCAGGACAGUCAAGCCAUAGUUCUGCGGUGACAGAUUCGAUAAACUCCGCUGUAGGCAAAGCGAGGGGAGGGCUCUUGUUUUCCCAAGGCCAGCUCACGCCUCACGCAUCAUGGCCACUACCCUGA